UUUGCAUUGGCAACGCACAAAGGUGUCGUUUCUUGUUUUGAUCAAGAUUUUUGACGAACGAAGAAAUCUCUAGAUCAGAAGCUUUCUUUGCUUCUCAUCAUGUCCUUUACUCAGAAAAGUGGUGGUAUGGGCACAGCUGGUCCUGGUUUUGUUGGCAUAAAAUUUUGCCAAGAAUGCAAUAAUAUGUUAUACCCAAGGGAAGACAAAGAUAACAAGAUACUCCUUUAUGCUUGUAGAAAUUGUGACUAUCAUGAGCCAACCAAUAACAACUGUAUUUAUGUCAACAAAAUUACUCAUGAAGUUGAUGAGUUGACACAAAUAGUAUCUGAUGUGAUCCAUGAUCCCACAUUACCAAGGACGGAAGAUCAUGUCUGUCCAAAAUGUGGUCACAAGGAAUCUGUAUUCUUUCAAGCUCAGAGCAGAAGAGCUGAGGAUGAAAUGAGAUUGUACUAUGUGUGUACAAAUGGCAACUGUACUCAUAGAUGGACAGAAUGAAUCAAGAAGAUAAAAAAUAAAGAAAGACGAAAUACUCUUGUUUACAAAUCAUUCAUCAUUUGUUAUGUUCAUUUAAUAAUUUGUGAAUAAAUUUCU